AUGCAGCAAAGAAGCAACGAUCAACCUCACAAGGUUGAACCCUGUGAUAUCUGUGGUGAUGUUGGUUUUGCUGAAUUAUGUGUCACUUGCACUAAAUGCAAUGUAUUUCGGGAACAUAUUUACUGCAUGCGAAAGAAUCUCAUUGAAAUUCCAGAUUACUGGUUUUGUGAAACAUGCCAAUCCAAAAACGGUACAACUUCAUCAUGUGAAGUGAAACAGGAUAUUGGCUUGCAGGUUUCCACACGGAAGCAAUCUUUUAGAACAGGAUCAACAGGGAAAGUGAAGUACCUUCACGAGGAUGAAGUCAUCAAACUUUCUAGCUGUAAUAUUUCUAUGAAAUCCACUCCAGGUCGCUCUACUUUACCGAUGACCAAGAAGGCUAGUUCUACUUUGCCGAUUACUAGAAGGGAACAUGCAGCAUCCAAAAGUGUUAUUCCGAAGAGUCCCUCCCUCACUGUGAAACCAAAUCCUAACAUAGCACCUAUGGCACAUGGAAAGUUUCCAAGAAAUGGAGUUCAGAAAAAUCCAAUGAAUGAUCAACAUGCUUCAUCAUCGAAAGGACCAACAAAGGAGAAUAGAUCCGUAUCUGAGUGGCGAAUGAGUACACCAGUGCCCGAUAGAAAAGUUCAACCUCGUCAGAUAGAAAAGCCUACACGAAGGGAGCCUUGUAAAGAUUUAUCUGCUACUAAAUCUUUACCUGUUGCUGCUUCAGAUGUUGUUGCUGAGUGUAACGGAUUUAACCGGGAAGAGAGCAAGAUUCAGAGUAUUCAUGAAAACUUAAUUCAUGACCGUAAAUAUUUUCCCUCUUCAAUUCGUGCUUGGAGUGGCCAAUUCCAAAUUCUUCAAGCAUCUGCAUCUGUUGAAUUUUAUGAUGGGUUUGAAGCCAAACCUCCAUGUGUUGUUAAUAGGAAGGCAUACAAUCUUUCAAACAAAAUUCCGUCAGUACUUAAACUGGAACCACUUUCUGCUUUGAAUGUCUUGACUGAUGUAUUCCAGAAUUAUUCUCCCACUCUUCAAGAUAUCGCAUUAUAUUUCUUUCCAUCAGAUAAUCAAGAGAGAAAGAGCUUAAACAGUCUAUUGAAGUUUAUGAAUGAUGAAAAAUCAAUGCUGAGAAGUUUAAUCGAUGGAGUAGAAUUGUUGGUCUUUACAUCACAUCAGCUUAAUGAGCAUUCAAGGGGUACUAUUGCUGCUGUGCAUGAAGGAUAUUUUCUGUGGGGAGUUUUUCGCUCAAAAAAAUCUGAUACUUCUAACGAAAGAUCACCUGUCAUGGAUCCCGUUGAUAUGGAUAUUGAUAUGAUUGGAGGAAAUGAUAUUGCGGGAAGAGUUGAUAAUGUUCUUAAUGACAGUCUCAGAAGUCCCUCUCAGGUUCCUUUGGAAGGAACACCUCUUCAGAGCCCCGCAUCUAUAAAGGUAGAAGAAAAGACCUUAACCCCUUCAAGCAAUUUGAAUUUGAAUGGCGGGGACAAAUCAAUUUCGUCUCAAGAUCUUAAAAAGAAAAUCAAAUCUGAGCAUUAUUGGGACCCGUCAUCCUGGAGGCCAGUAAGGAAGUAUCGUAAAAUGCAUGACAUACUUGAGAGGGUUCCACCAGGCUUCGAAGCUCACGGACAUUGUGCUGCGAAAUCCUCAAAUAUCAAGAGACGAGAUUACUUGUAUUAG